AUGGCCGAUGAGAUGUUAGAACGGCUCGUAAAGGCUCUGGAGAGGAUGUCGACGCCUGGGGGUCGUCAACGCAAGCCAGACAGGCUGACGGCGUACGAUGAUUAUGAUCCCUGCGAGGAUCGUAUGAAGAUCCAUCAGGAGGCCAUUGACGAGGAGGAACGAUCAGCCGCCAUCUCGGGCCGCCUCGAUAACGAAGUUUAUGCCGUUGCCAGCGCAACCAACCUCACUGCCUCGCUCACCCCCGCAACGAUUUUCCAGCGUCCGCGACGAGGUUUCGGUCCCCCUUCGAUGCCCUGGGUUGCUCGUGCAGCCCUAAGGGAGCGCCGACAGCUCGCUGGGGAAUCGAUCGUCGACUUCCUACGACACCUACGUGUCCUGGCCCGGCAGGCGUUUCCCAGCAACUCCUUCGCUGAGCUGGAGGUCAGGACACUGGAGAACUUUGUGGAUGGCAUCGCACUUCCAGAGACCCGACGCCAGUUCAUCCGAGAUCCGCCCAACAGUAUCAAGGUGGCCCUCGACAUCGCCCUCCGCGAAGAGGCCAUCCAGAAGGCGUGUCCGCUGGAACCACAGCCUCCAUCGGUGCCAUUCGGACUUUGCCCAACACCUGCCACUCCACGGGGCUCUUCGGUAGAUAUCGGCUCCACGGGACAACGACAAACCUGUGAUGUCGGGACCCAAACGGCCAGGUGGCAAUGGGGCCCUCCACAGUCUCUCCCUCGGCGCGCGAACUGGCGGCAACAGCGUGGUCGUCAGACCCGCCCCCAGUGUUCAUACGACCACCGCAGGUGA